AAGACGCUUACCUAGCCACUUUGGAUGCAUCGAUUAAAGAAGACAGGACAUGGUUUAAGGAAGAAAGGGUUUAAUGGCGAGCUUCGAUGUGAAGACGAUAGUCAAGGACAAGAGAUUCUGGGCAGCUUCCUUCCUCAUCGCCUGGGCUGCUGGUCUCCAGGGGCACAUGAUGUGGCUGCAGAGGCAAGAUUCUUUUAAGCAGAAAUUCGGAACAAUCGAUGAAGAAGACCAGAAAUGAUUCAGGCCAUGUAGUUGUAUUUUUUUUUGGUGUGUGUCUUAAAGAAUGGUUUAAGAUCUGUUUUGAAAUAUUUCAUCAAAUGUCAUAUGGUUAAUAAGUAAACAUCAAAUCAUGCUGCAAUUAGUUUUUGUUCGCUCAAGACUCUUAAUCGACUGUAAGAGCAUGUACUAGUGAAGUUUCAAGAAGUCUCAAUACACAGUGAUUGAGAGAGAAACAGAUUGAUAUACUGUAGAAUGUGUUAUUAUGUUUCAUUAAAACGGGCGAUGACUUUGAAUGGUU